CGUUCCUUGUCACAGCAUACAAACAUACAAACACACAAGCAACAUGGCUGAUAAUGAAGUCGCUGCGCGGGCGCCCGAGAGCGAUGCGCAAGAAGCCGCUCAGGAACAGAAGCCUCAAGAUGCCAAAGCUCCCGAGCCCGCGCCAGAGAGCGUCUUUCCUGGAGACACUAGAGCACAGGAUGGACCAACCAUGGGUGAACACUGCACAACCGACCGCCCGACACCCUCUGGCGAGAAACCCACGGGGGACUUGACCAAGCUAGGCGGUGUCGAGUGCUACAUUACCAAACCCACCGACUACCCGCACUCGCCCUCGAAGCUUCUGCUUCUGCUCACGGGCGGCACAGGCGUCAAGUCUACAAACAACCAGUUGCAGGCUGACAAGUACGCUGCCGAAGGAUACCUGGUCGUAAUGCCCGACCAGUUCGAUAACGACCCAGCGCCCAACAGCGUCAACAUGGCCGAAAUCCCACCUGAUGCGUCUUGGCUUGAGGCUGUCAAACUGAGGACGGCAGAAGGCAUCAAGUCAUUCAUGAUUGAUAUGUGGCUCGCCCGGCACACGCCCGAAAAGGUCCUUCCGCUGUUACACAAAGUCAUUGAGGGCGCCAAGGAGGAGUAUGCCGAUGCUGUUGCAAAUGGUGGGGGUAUCUACGGUAUCGGUUACUGCUUCGGCGCAAAGUAUAUCCUCAUGCUGGCCUCUGAGCUUCCCGACACGGUUGCGUGGGGCCAAGAAGCACCAAAGGAUGAAGAGCAAGGAGCCACCAAAAAAGAACCCGUACUUCGAGCUGGAGCUGUUGCACACCCGACUAUGACAUACAAGGAGGAUCUCGAGGCCGUCAAGUCUCCGGUUUACAUCGCCGCAGUCAAGGAUGAUCCAAUGUUCUCAGAAGACGACGUCCUAACACCUGGCCGAAGAGUUAUGGAGACGAACAAAGUUGAGCAUGAGAUCCAAGUAUUCUCGGGGGUGCCUCAUGGUUUCGCUGUCUUUGGGGAUUAUGAAGAUCUCAAGAUCAAGCAAUCGCAAGCACAAGCCUUCGGUCAGAUGUUGGGCUGGUUACAAUCGCAUUAGGGUUUACCCUUUGAGUGUUCACAAGCUUCGGUGAAUUGGUAUGUUGUCUGCCGCUCCGGUCAGAAGUCCGUACUUCAGCAGGCAUCCCUGAUUAUGAUAUGAAAUGGCGUUAAGGUGGGUAAAGCUGGCAAAGUCCUGUCAGUGUCUCAUGAAAAUAUUUCAAAUGACUUGAACC